AAAGUCAGACUAGUCCUCAGACUCGGUAAUAGGAGCACCGGUCUGGGGAAAGAGAAUCAAACUUGAAAGAAGGGUCGCUGCUACCAGUGCACCAUCGGAUGGGUAGCAGUGGUCGUGAUGGUCUCCGCCGUGGUAAUGUAUCUAUUAUGAUGGUGUCCUUCUACGUGGGAAGUGGAUGAUGAGUCAGGGAAGAAAUCAAGAAUGUCUAUACCGGUACCAUACGCUCUUCCUACAACAAACAUCUGCAGAAUCAAAAGGUAAGUAUUUUAGCAUUGAGAAAUGAUUGGUAAGUGUCAUCAAGUUUAGUUUUUACAGAAUAAUCGAGCAACCACGAGGGUUUCCUCAGAUACAUCUCAUUUUGAAGUACUAUGAUCUCAUGAUUAGGCAGUGCCCUGCACCACAACAUAUGAAUAUCGAGUUUGUAGAGAGAGACCAACCCAGCUGAAGAUGGAAUGCAAUGUGGCUUCUUCUGUUGGGGUUUGCAUACCACUUUUGGAAUAUUUGGCUUGCCUGGAACGCCUUCAUUUUCGACAACAUGGCUCAUUCCCCGACCUCAUCCGCAAUUAAGUUUGAUCGUGACUUCAUGGAAUCGCAGACUUCUCCUGCUCUUCUUUCCAACCGACUCUAUUGCACCCUCAGCCUAGGGGUUCCCAUUCCCACACCACCGUCGUUCUCUCGAGUGAUGUACUGUGAUGGGUCGUUUGUUUCCGACUCGAGUUUGGCGGCUUAUGGGAUUACUAUUGUCAAUUCUCAUGGUCAGGUGUACGACGACAAGGUUGAGACUUUCUUGUGUUCGCAUCCGAUUAAGGCUGAAGCCCUUGGUCUCCUCAACGCCAUCCUGCUUGCGGUUCAUGAUGGGAUUACUACCUGCAUUCGUGCGGAUUGCCAGGUGCUUUCUCUUGCUCUCAAUCAGGACUCCAUGGCAUUGUCGAGCUACCAUUGCUCAGAUGUCUCUUCUUCUUCGAUCUGCUCCUUGCAUCCAGAUUAAGUUCAUUCCCCGACGGCUUAACCUACUUGCAGAUUGGGUUGCUCGCCAAGCUAGGGAAGCUUCGUUACCUUUGAAAUGGAUCUUAAUUGUUAAUAUCAUUGCACUAUUUUUGUAACGAACAUUUGGUUUCUUUUCGGAUGGAAUAUAAGGAUACUCUAAACUGUAAAAAAAAAAAAAAAAAAGUUUACACAAAACCAUUUUUUUUAUUUAAGCUUUAAACGCGAAUAUUAUCAGCGGGGAAAGCUAUUAAAGCAUCGAAUUUGUGGUAAAGGCAACAACUUUCUGCACAAAUUCUCAGUACCUAGAUGAGAAAAACAGCCAUGGGCAGUCCAGAAGAAUACAUUCACUCAUUCCGUGCAUUCUUAUUUUCUCAUACAGAUACCCAAAGCCAACAAUUUGUCAAUGUUGUACAUUCAAUCCCCUUCCGAUGCAAUCUCAAGCAGACAGAGAAUCACAGAAAAGGAACCAACAAUAUCAAUGUUUAACAGCAAGAAAGAGCAUUAUUAAUUACGAAAUAGGAAAAUUGGAAUUGGGAGAAGGAAGCUUGAGGAAGAAGAAAGCGGUCGGUCUCCAAGAGAGGGAGGAGGCCGACGGCUAGGUUGAGAGAAAGGAAGAAGCAGUAGGUUUAGAGAAUUUUGUUAUGUGAUUUCUUAAUUCAUAAAAUCCCACUAAUCACAGAAUAUAUAAGCCGGUAAAUUCUCUGUAACUACCUAAUAAUAAUGUCUAUAUCCAAAAUACCCCAAGUAUCUCAGAAAACCUGCAAAACUUCCCAGAUAUCCAAAACAAGACCAAACGACCAUCAAAUCCAAAACAACAACAAGGGCCAGAAUUUAUGUUUCUAACACAUAGGAUUGGAUUGUCAUUAGCAACUCCGGGUUUCCUGAGAUUAAAUGAAGCACUAGGUGACGAGUUGUAGAGGCAAAACAACAAAUGAAAGGAAUUAGAAGUAAUUAAAUGAAAGAAAUUCUUGAGAUUUACCAAGUUAUUGUUUAGGGAGUCAACGAUCGCUGUCCAUCGUACAUACUCUGCAGUUUCUCGUAGCCUGGAAUUGGGGAAGGCCAGCAAGUAAACCUCGGCUGGAAGAACGUCCUCCAAUUCCUUGUAUCAGUGAAGACUUGUAGGUUUCCCGUCCUCAUAUUGCACUCAAGAAUGGUAUCAAAAGGGCAACAACAGUCUAAGAAGACGAUUUCGGGCCUACUCGGAUGAACGCCAACUACAUCACGCACCUUCAAAUCCUUAAAUUGUACAAGGUUACGGUUUACUAUGAAGUUCGCCAAAUACUCCCAAUAAAUUGACUUCCAUCUUCUCUCGUCUUCCUCCCAUCUCCAAAUAACCAAAGCCUCUGCAUCUGGUCUGUGGAAAACUAUGUGUAAAUAAAGCACCAAGUGAGACCCAAAUCCUGCGCUUCGGUAAGGACCUGGACCACUAGUAAUAACUCACGUUGUCCGGCGAUUCAUCGAUGGAAGUCGGAGGUGUGUGUGGGCAGAAUGGAUUCCACACAAACAGCAAGCAUGUCAUCGGACGGCCAACACACGCGGCCGUUCCACAAGGGCAUCAUCACAUCCCCAAGCAUCAUCUGUAUGGAAGAACCAGAACUAGGAGGAGCCAUGGCGUCUUCCAUCCAUUCCCCGGACUCCGAACAAAACAAGUCUACUAUUGCACGGUCAGGCGAUCUGGAUACAAGGACGACGCGGAAUAGACUGUAAUCCGCGGG